UCUUCUCAGCCUCUCCAGAUAAAUGCUUUGAUGUGAUGCUGUUUAACCUCUGCAGUUGAGAAAGUGUUGUUAAAUAAACUGCAAAAACAUGUUAUGCCACUUCUUAUCCUCCUUGUAAAAGAAAGUUACACUCACUUCUGAUGAUACGGAUAGGAAUGUUGCAUUUAUGGUUCCAAUAUUAAUGUUUAUUUUGUGACAGUCGGUGGAAGCAGCAGUUGUAAUGACAUCCUCUUACUGUUUGCUUUUUGUUCUGUCAUUUGGAUAUGGACCAAAAUCUGUAGGAAGGUCGCAGGCUUUCAUAACUAUUCCCUGUAUGUGGAAGUAGCAGCAUGUUGAUAUUGAAACAAAGGUAUUCUGUGUUCCAUUUUUAAUUGGCAGCUUAAAAUUAUUUUUCCUUGUGCAAGUGAUAUUUUUCUUUUACCAAAAUUGAAACUAUGUGUGCACAAGUGAAUAUUAUGCCCCAUUAACUUCUCGUGUUGUGCUCACACGUCUGCUAUGUAGGUGUGUAUAAAAUUAGCCUGGCAUAAUUUUAAACUAUGUUUCACAAUACUUUAUAAAAAAACAGUUCUUUACAGGACCAAUUAAUAGACUCCACCUCUGUGUUGACAAAUUUAAAACAGCUGGUGGCACAGUUCCUUCUUGAUAGGACACUGGGAUGUUUAGAGUAAUGCACUUCAUUCUGGGCAUAGAUUGAGUGCAGUGCAACAAUACAUUGUAUUAGAUUUAAACUGGACAUGUGCUAUACUGGUCCCCAUUAUGUAGUUCAAAUACAAAUUUGUGCUGGUUGCUAGACUGCCCACCAGUUGGUAGUUGGAUUGCAACUCAGUCAUCUUCAGCCAUGAGUUUUUACACGGGUCCUGGUUUCCAAGCUGUAGCUACUAUGGUGGGGUACAGGUGGGUCGUUUACCCCAAGACCCCACUGGGGGGAUUAGACCACAAUCCAUGUGUGCAGACACCUGACCUGCCUCACAUCUGUGCCAGAGAAGUUGCCGCACUUACACGCCCAGCUCUGCCAAGCACAGUGCCUCUCAGUCAGCCUCUUGUGGCACCACUGCCCCUGCCUGCAGUGACUGGUCCUGUCCCAGCACCCACACCUGGUCCACCAGCGAAGCCAGUUGAUGUGCUUCCAUCAGCAAACUUCCACAGUAGUGACCCAGUUACCAAAGCAGUCAUGGAUAAUAUCAUGGGGAAGUUGCCUACAAAGAAACAGGCAGUGACCUGUAAGUGCGACAUUUGUGGCCUAGAAUUUUCAGGGCAAAUUGUCCUGGAGACACAUCUUGCUGGAGCAAAGCAUGCUAAAAAGGUAAAAUCACAGGAGAUUCUGAAGCAACUGCAAAGUAGUGGUCAGACCUUCACACGGGAUGAGAAAACAAGGAUCCUCAAGUGUGAGGUGUGCGAUGUGGUAGUGAAUUCCUCACAGCAGUUGCAAACCCACCUGGCAGGCAACAAACACAAACAGAAAGCAAUGAAGAAAGGUGCCACUCAGAAACAGGCACAGACAAGUACAACCACAACUGCCGCCACCACCGUCACCACUACCAUCACGACAGCUUCCACAGGAACCAGCACAGUCAACAGGAAAGGUUUGGAUGCUGGGACUUCAGCAAUGGAGGUGGUCUCAGGCCCUGCAGCUGCAGGAGAGGUUCCCCCAGGUGUGCAGAAGCUGCCAGAUGCAACUGGGGCUAAGACCAACAAAUACUUCUGUGACACAUGUAAUGUGUCUCUCAACUCUGAAAUUCAGCUUGAGCAGCAUUUGGGUUCUAGUCAGUGA